GCAGCUGCUCCGCCGCCGCCGCCAUGCCCGGCCCCCCGGCAGCGCCCCCCGGGCCGGACCCGGAGGAGCGUUACGACUUCCUCUUCAAGCUGGUGCUGAUCGGCGACGCCAACGUGGGCAAGACGUGCCUGGUGCAGCGUUUCAAGACCGGGGCCUUCGCCGAGCGCCAGGGCAACACCAUCGGCGUGGACUUUACCAUGAAGAGCCUGGAGAUCCAGGGCAAGCGGGUCAAGUUGCAGAUCUGGGAUACAGCUGGCCAGGAAAGGUUUCGAACCAUCACUCAGAGUUAUUACCGAAGCGCCAAUGGAGCUAUCCUAGCUUAUGACAUCAGCAAGAGGGGCUCCUUCCAGUCCAUUCCUCGCUGGAUCGAGGAUGUAAGGAAGUAUGCCGGCUCCAACAUAGUACAACUGCUAAUUGGAAACAAGUCUGACCUAAGUGACCUUCGGGAGGUUCAGCUGGAGGAGGCUCAGAGUUUGGCUGAACACUACGAUAUCAUCUGUGCCAUAGAGACAUCUGCAAAGGACUCCAGCAACGUGGAGGAAGCUUUUGUGAAGAUGGCCACAGAGCUCAUGAUGAGGCACGGAGGGCCUGUGUUCAGUGAGCAAAACACAGACAGCAUCAAACUUGACAGCAAGGAUGUAGUAGAAGGAUGGGGCUGUGGCUGCUGAUACAGCAGAGGAGAUACUUCUAAAUGUUACUGGAAUUUCAAGGGUACUCUCCCCCCUCCCCCCAUCCCCACACACACGCAUCCCCCCACCCCAGAAUCCACUUCCCGCAAGCCCAUUGUUUUCAUAGGUUAGGCAUUAACAUUUUCAGAACAUUUUAAAAAAGAACUGACUUCAUUAUAUGGAUCUAAAAAUACAUGGCAGUUAUUCUUUCCAACAGAUUCUUUGAAGCAGAACUAGAGUCACUUGAAAGUGAGUUGCACAGAGGGAAACCACUGGGAUCUUCUCAUUUGAACUUGAACAAGAAAUUCUUGAAUUGUAACUUCCUCUACAUUGGAUCUUGUCAAUGAAUAUGAUGCUUCUUUUAGGUCAGCAAAUCUUAACACUGCCUUUCUCUCUUUCAACAUUCCACCAAGUAGCAGUAACCACAGAGGGUCAGACAGUCUUUCUGCCCAGGAGUUUCAAGUAUGAAAUACUUGAUUUUUUUUAAUAUAGGAAAAAGCAGCUGCCAUUUGUGCAAAAUGAGGAACCUCCAUAGAAUUUAGACUUUCUGUAGACAUUACCAUGUGUAUGGGGAGGGAGGUUGCUUACUACUGCUGGUGCAGUUCUAGCUGGACAGAUGUUUUUCUCCCUUGUACAGAAGCCAGCAUGACCAGUACUGAACUCUACAAUGAAACAGGGCUACCUUUUUUUUCUUGCUGUCCACUAUCAAAUACUUGAUCCUAACCACAUUUCAUUGGAUAUAAGUCCCACUGAUUUCAAUGGAAACUUCUUGGAAGUAAAUGCCUUUGAAAAUUUAUCAGGCUUACUUCUAAGAAAAUAGGCUUAAGAUUGUAUUAUUAAGAUAGGUUUGCUAAUCAUUUAUGUUGUACCAUUUUAAUAGUCUCUUCCUCAGAGUUAGUAAUGUAGAUGUGAAUCCUCAACUUCAUUAAUUUCAUAAUUUACAUUUUGCACUCUUGAAAGAAGGAACACUUGCAAAUUUCUUUUUUUUUACACUUAUCCAUUUGCUUCUCUAAUUCAGGUUUCAUUGAAAAUUAGUUCCAGCUGUUCAUUAAUUUUGCUAUUGGAGUAGUUAGAUGUUAUUCUAGCUAGAGUUUCUUCAUGCUUAACUUUGGGAUACUAGAUAUGAGGAGGAAAUUAUAAAUUGACAGAGGACUCUGUGAAGCCUGGAUCCAUGGUUACUUUUCCAGAGUUAGCUCCUCAUGAGAUUUCUCUAGGUCAGUAUUCUUAAGAAGUUACUUGAGGGUACAGAAUCUGUACUGUUGGAUGUAGGUGAACACUGUGAAUUUUCCUGGAAUGACCACUCAUGUCAUGGAGCCCUUAAUAAGUCAUGUAGCAAUCCCCUUUUAUAUCAGAAAUCAGCUCAAGAGCUCUUAAUAUGGAGCACAUUUUCUGAUUCUGUAAGAUAUUCCUUUGAAAUCCUUGAGCAUGUUCCUCCCACUGCUUCAGUCCAGAAAUGUAUAUCACAUUACAUUCUUUAAAUUGUUACUCAUCCUUCUGCAGGAAGAAUUUCUACUAUUGAUAGAAAGCCAUGGAGUCUAUUAAUAAAAAACCCUCUUGACCAUUUUUGUUCAAUAUAUUUAACUUAAAGUUAUUUUCUUAUAUAUUUAUGUCAGACUAAAGUUAUGCCUGCAGUUUAGACAUGCAGAUGUUAGCAACAGUUUCCCUUUUUGAGCACCUUAAAGUUUAGUAUGAAUAGUGAAUAGAGUAUCUGCAAGUUUCUUUAGCAAGCCUUUACAGUGCUUAACUUUUGGCACCCUAAAAGGACCUUAUUUCAGAGCACAGGGCCAAAAUAGGUAUUUGCAAUUGGACAUGUUAGAAAAACACAGACUAACAACAUACAAAAUUCAAGGUGAUAUUAUGAGAAACAUCCAGUUAUGAUGACUUCUGUUGGCAUGAGUGAAGAUAAGGAUAAGGCUGAUGUCAGCAAUCUGUUUUUAAAAUAUAAGUAUUACUAAUCGGAGAAUCAACUUUAUAUAGAAACAAUUUCACCGAUUUUGUUUUUUGCGAUAUACUGCAGCUGACUGUAUAAUGAAUUUAGUUUUAUAACUUAUCCUACUUUCUCCUCCUCAAAGACAGACACGCAUUGGUUCCUGCUGGCCUUGCUGUUUGAAUUUUUGCUUGUAGUAUAGAAAUGGUGUGAGACGUGACGGAUAGCCUUUGCUCCUAAACAGUGCUUUAUACCACUGUUCUUCAGCAACACUGUGCUUUAACUUACAGAAAAGUUACUAUAACUAGACACUGGGGUUAAGCGAAAGGGUUUUAUUCGGUGGGUGCAACAGCCCUUGCCCAGUAAAAUAAAUGGAAGCUGCACAGCAUCUGCACUUCAUGAACUGAGCCCACCAGCUUUCGACCAAGUCCUAAAUUGAUGUGCCAGUGCAUGAGACUUUACAUCCCAGCCAGGUUCCAUUCAGUUCAGUGGGAUGGAGGGUUGUAAGAAUCUUCUCCAGCUAAUUAUGUAAUUACUGUUACAUAUUUAGGAUCACUUUGGGCUGGUGUGACAUGAAAGUUCUCUGAGAAAUGUUUUCCUAGAAAGUGUUCAUGUGUCAGGACCUUAUAUUAGGUUGUGUUAUCUGUGUAAGAUUUCCAGGUUUUAUAUCAACAGGAUCUUGCUGGAUUUGCUUACAGGAUUGUAUUCACAAACCCAGUUCCAAGAGUUAUUAUGGGAACAUCAAAUGUUAUUUCAGAAUUAACCCAUUUCUUCAAAUGUAUACAUGUUAAAGUCUACUGAUAAUGUGCCUGUUAGAAGUCUUUGGCAUUUUUUCUUAGGAUGUAGUCUAGGAAGGAAUGAAUAGCACCUUUAUUGUGGUUCUAUAUGAGCCCUUGCUGAUCAGUACUAGCUGUAGCCCUCUAAACAUUAUAAAGGUGCUCUUUUUUGUUGCAUUCAUUAACUGUUGGCAUAAGUACAUUUAUGAUUAGGCUUUAGAGAGUGCUGCAAGCUGUCUUGUUCUGCCUGUAUGGAAACUUCUGGCAUUUGUUGGAAUGGUUGUCCUGUGAGAGAGAUGAGCUGUUGGCAGAAUAAUGCAGGAAAAUGGCCCCUGCCAAAACCCCCUGUGGACCUGCAUGUAAUUGAGUGCAGAGGAGGGGUUGCUGCUGAGUGGCCUGAGCAUUCUGCUAAGAUCUGGGCUUAAACCUGAUGCUUUAUCAGUUAAUAGUUCGUGUUAGUGCCUUGGUGAAGGUUGCAGGGGCUGCUUGUCCCAUAUUAGGAGAAAGAGAAGGGAUAUGCGUCCAUUAUGCAAAAAGAGGGGGGAAUCAUGUAAUGCUCUGAUUUCUGGAAGGCCUCUUCAGAAUGGCAUUGUGGGCUCGUAUCCCCACAAGUGGGACUCAUCCAUAACUUUUAAAAGGAGAACUUGCCAACAAAAUGUUUAGGGACACCCGCCCCUUAUCACUGGAAUAAACUUGAGCACUUUAUUUUUCUUCAGUCUUUAUAGUUGAAUUGAUGGAUAUUUCUCACAAGUUCUUGUAUAAGGAAUCUUUUGAGGAAAUUUCUCAGUAAAAUAUAAAAAUAGUCACCCAUUUUAGAGGUAGGAAACAUGAGUGUAAGUGCAGGAAAGAAAUCAUAUUUCUGACAGCAGUUCCUUUUCUUCAGACUCAGGGCUGAUGCACACAACCUUUGCAGGUUGGACUGAUGCGGAUCGUUAGUUGACUGGGCGGGCGCAGAGUAGUCACCUGAUUGCUUUGCUAGAUGGCCAGAUCAUCGGUCAGCUCGUAUGAGUUGGCCUUCAGUUGCAAUGUACAUGAUCUGUGAAGUGUGUCUAGUUUAGUGAGACACUAUAAUGCUAUAUUGUGACUUCUUUGUCUAGAUCAAGUUUUCUUAAAUAGUUUUACAAAACUAAAGUUGCUUAGAUUGAUAAAGUUGCUUUUAUUAACAUCAGUAGAGCAAGAUACAGCACACUUGCAUGCCAAAGACAAAAAAAGUGAGGGACUAGUUUGCCCACUUCAAUGCAGCACAAAAUUCUGGCCCAUAGGUGAGUUUCCGGUGUAUCACUGGUAGCAUAUACCAGAUUCUGAUGUUGAUACUGGUAAUAAUCUUUCAAUAAUUUCUUCAAAUGUGACACAUUUCUUAAAGGAAUCAAAGUAUAUGACAUAUUUUCUAAACAAACACUUCAUUGCAGAGAAACAAAGCUAUUUUAGCACAACAGUACCAUUCAUAAUUGAUGGCACUGCACAGGUAUUUGACUGGUUCAAACUGAGUACAUUUUGUAGCAGUUUUAUAAAUAAGGUAUACAUCUCUCUAAGAUUAGGUUCUAUUUCUGUCCAAAAUAAUCUUGCAGUACAGGUGUGAAGUGAGCACAUUAAAUGAAUGAUUUCAUAACAUGUGAUUAGAGUUUGUGGCAUAAACAUUAGAACAUUUGGCAGCUGUGAGCUGCCCAGAGAGCCUUUUGGUAUGGGGCAGCAUACAAAUGCAAUAAAUAAAUAAGCAAACAUUUUCUGAGGUACUUGAACAUUAUCUAGGUGUUUUGAAGGAUUGCUUAGUUUUUGGAAAAUGUUCUAUUUUACUGUACAACACUCAGUCUUGAAAUAGUGUUAUUUAUAGUAAUGAUUUGCAUUGAAAAUUUCCUCAAUAGACUGCAUACUGGAAAACAAUCUAAAAUAACCUUAGAUAUUACAUAUGUCCUUAAUGGCUUAUAGGAUGCAAUCCGCUCUUUGCUACAUAGAAAGAAAGGAACAGCUGAUGAGUACAGUUGGCUUCCCCUUCUUUAUGUAGACAGUAGUUGUCCACAUGAAUAUUACUGUUCCAAUCCACACAGUUUAUGUGGGUUUUUUAGAUAGUUGCCUUAUAAACCUGUUGGUAAAGUUAAUCUUAAUGCAUAAUCUAUGCAAAUAUUUAUUACUCUAAGAAAUAUAUUUAGUACAGUGCCUUUCCUUUGCAUUAUGUAAAACAUCUGAAACUGAGUAAUGUUGGAAGGAUGUAGAUGUGUUCAUUUGUGACUUUGGCAAAUUACUAGAUUGGAUGCACAUGCUGAAGCAACAAUCAGCUAGAUUAGUAGAUAAUUUAACAUGCAGUUACACAGUUCAAGAAAGAUUUUAUACAUGAUAUACAGAUACAAAGAAAAACUUGACACAUCUCUCUUUGUACCUCCUAUGUAAUAUUGAGGAAGGAAUUUUCACAUUUCCAUAGGAUGGGGAGAAGUGACCCGAUCUCUUCUCUUACUCAUUUUUUCUAAUAUGCAUAACCCUUUAAAAAUCUCUAAGUGAAUUUCAUAUUUGCUAAUAACCUCUAUUGUGAAUAAUGCAAGAUCAGGCCCCAGUACCUUUGACUCCUCUUUCUUUCCUUCUAAAAACUGAUCUGCAAUAUUUCCUGCCUCUCUCACAUCUUGGCGUCCUUUCCUUUCCCCGUUCCUUGCCCCACCCAGGUUUCUCUGGCCCUACUAUAGAAAUGACACUGCGCUGGACUUCUUUCCUAGCUUCCAGAGUAAGCAAAGAAGUGACAGCAUCUGAAGGGAGAACUGGGUGUGGUUUUGUUGUUGUCGUUGUUGUUUUAAUUGCUCAGAUGGGCAGAGCUGUCAGAAGUCUGGAAAAAUGUGGAACAUGAGGAACGAAGUAAAGAAAAUAUGCCAAAUAACAGUGUGAUUUUGUGGAUGAAGGCUUUUCCCAUAACUCUGAGCUUGUGCACCAGAAAGUAAUUUCCAUUGAAAUCAUGGGACUCUUACCUACAUACGUUUUGGAUCAGUGUCAGUCUCUGCCUCACUGUACUGCAGUUCUGAAUCCCUACUAAUUUGUAUAGCUAAGAAGGAAAUGUACAGGGUAUGGUAAUACUGAGACAAUCUGGAAUGGUUUGAUGUUAUGGUUGCAUAAGAUGCAUAUUUAGAUAUAUCUUAGCUGCUUUGAUUGUAUUUUGAAAAAAUAAAUUGCAUGAGUGAGUUACAUGCAUGCUCUUAAUAUUAUUGGUAUUAGUCAAAGUCCUCCUACAGUGAUAAUAACUUAAUAACAUUAAAUUUUCAGUUAUUUGUAUUGUGGUAAGCAAAAUGUAGGGAAUAUUUCCCUCUUGCCUUCACCCUGAACUAUAAAAUUGGAGAGAUCCAAUUCUUAAGGACUGCCUACUUCUCUAAAUUCCCAAAUAUUUAGAUUCCUUUUACUCAAUAAGCAGUGUGCCCAUAUCUGAGGCAAUCCCCCCCCCCGCCCAGAAAAAAAUCUCAGAAGACAGAUCUGCAUGGAGGACCAGGCUAUCAUACACUGAUAAGUUCUAAACUUGCACUGCAAUGCAGAUGAGACAGACAUCUCUGUCUGCUGUCUCCAGCCUAGGCACAUACAUCAGGAAUAUGGAGCAUGGGUAUUUUUUCAGUGUAGUCAGAACUGUAUGACCAAAAGUACACAAGAGUGUAAGUGGAGACAGACACAACAGUUUACUUAACAUUUGGAAAACCUUAGAAGACUUUAAAAUUAAAGGACAAAUACUUCCCAUUGGAUGUCUUAAGCACAAACAUGGUAUUUUGUAGAAGAGACUGUAUUUUGAGAUGAAAUGCAGAAGUGAAACAGACAUGCACUUCGUGUUUAGUUUUUUGUCUGUCUUUUGCAUGGGGGAAAGAUACAGAUGCACAUUGGGGUAGGUUUGCCUAGUAGGAACAGUGCCACUUUCCAUGAUUCAAGAGUGUAUCUGUGCUAUUACUUAUUAUCUGUUGCUUUAGUUUACUCAGAUCAUAGCCUGAUGUUAGUAUCUGUAGAGAAGUGAGGAAGGAGUAUACAUUUGGGCAUUUCUGGGGUUGAGGGGAUGCAUGUUUGUGAGUGUGGUGGUGUUGACAAAGAUUGGAUCUGAUAGCGGGGAAGUUAUUUUUAGGGAAUGCUUUAGUGGUAAAUGUGGGUGCCGUCUUUGGAGGUUCCUCAUGUGCUCUAUGCUGUCAGUGGCAUUUCCUGCUUUGCAAUAAUGCCUCACUUGUUGGCAUCAGGUGGCUAAAGAAAUCAAAUAUUCCAGAGACAUGCAGCUUGCAUGAGCUGUAAAGAAGGCCUGGCUCACAUACGUAGUGGGGAGAAAGCUCUGAUUCAUAUUGAAUUCACUCACUUCAUUCCAAAAGGGCCUAAAGGCUUGAAGAACUCCGGUGUUACUGAAGUGUUCUGCAUUUUCUAGAACAGUUCUAUCGCUUGUAAUAAUCAAAGCUUCUGAGAACAGGCACAGAGCCCAUCUUUCUGAUCACCGGCAACUAUCUUGCUUCUCUAGCACAGUGUUUACCAGAAGAGGUGGAAUGCAAGAUAACAAGGGAACAAAGCUUGCAUACAAUAGUCAAUUUUGACAUUUUACUGUCACCUAUUUAUGAAUUUAUAAGAAAAAGUUUAUUUUUAAAAAUUAUGAAACCUACUUUUUUUGUAAAUUUUAGCAAGGUCAGUAGCAAAUGCAUUGUAAUGUGUAUAAUUAAAAUGAGCAUUUGACAAA